AUGGACACAUGCGUGUCGUCCCCUCCCUCCGUGUUCACCGUGGAGGGACCCGUUCGUCCUGCUGCCGCACUCCCUUUGCGAUUAAGGAAGAGGUGGAGUGUCUGUGGUGGGAAUGUGGUUAAACUUUUAUUGUCAGCGCUGGCGCUGCUGGCGUUAUGUGGAGCAGCCUCAGAAAUCUACAUCCUGCAGACUCUGGAGAGCAGAUUGGAGACCACCAAGGAAAUGGUUAAUGUGCGUUUUGAGGCAGAGAAAAUAAUAGCCGAAUUAGGUAACCAUCUAAAGAAAUCUGUACCAUCAGCACAUGUGACUGGUAUUGAUGAUACGGCUUCACACCCGAGGGGCAUUCUUGAGUGGGAGUCGAGUGGCGGCUUGGCUUUUCUGCACGAGGUGGAGUAUCGCAACAGGUCGCUUGUGUGCACCAACCCCGGGAUGUACUUUGUAUACUCCAAACUCCAACUGGGGUCGCGGGACUGCCCCAAAAACAAUGACCCUUUCUCCUUCUAUACACACGGGGUGUAUAAAAAAAGCCCAAGCUCAGAAUUUGAAACAGAGCUCAUGAAGAACAAGAGGAGGUUCUGUGGUGGCCAAGGCAGUGGCUUAUGGUCUGGAAGUAGUUUUCUGGGGGGCAUUUUCUGGAUUGAACAAGGGGAAACUGUAUAUGUCAAAAUGACCCACAGACAGCUUGUAAGAGUGAAGGAUGGAACCAUCACAUUCUUUGGACUUUUUAUGUUAUAGGAAUAUACUAUACUGUAAUAGGUGAUAUUUAUUUAACCCAACACCGAGCAUCGUUCUUUAU